UUUGGAUUUUGUGGCAUGGAAUGGGCUAAGGCUCGUCUAGCAACUCUGUUCUAAAGGUUUAUCCGACAAGGUGAAAUUGUACCAAAUCAACUGGAAUCUUGAUGACUGUUUGCGCGAAUUCAAAUCAUCAAUGGCAUUCGACAACACUCUCUCUGUUUCCCAAAUGCAAAACACUAAGAGACGUCCAACAAAUUCAUGCUCACCUAACCAAGACCGGUCUUAUCAACAAUCAAUCUCUCACCACCAAGCUCAUACUCAAGUUCUGUGCUUCUCCGCACGCACCCGUCGUUCGAUUUGCUCGUUACUUGUUCUUUCGCAAAACCCUUUUUGAUCCCUUCAUCUGGAACGCCAUCAUCAAGACAUUCUCGCACGGUCAUGAUCCACUAGAAGCCAUGCUCAUCUUUUCCCUCAUGCUAGAAAAUGGUGUUCUUGUUGACAAGUACUCCUUUUCUUUGCUCCUGAAAGCGUGUUCGAGGAUGGCCUUGGUAAAAGAAGGAAUGCAACUUCAUGGGUUGAUUGAAAAGUUUGAUUUUGGGUAUUCUGAUGAUGAGUUGUUUCUAAACAACUGUUUGAUUUGUUUGUAUUUGAGGUGCGGCUGUCACGGUUUAGCACGCCGGGUAUUCGACAGAAUGCAUAACCGGGAUUCUGUUUCGUUUAACUUGAUGAUAGAUGGUUACGUUAAGAGUGGAACCAUCGAUUCUGCUCGUGAGUUGUUUGUUCAAAUGCCUGUAGAGAUAAAGAAUUCAAUUUCCUGGAAUUCCAUGAUCAGAGGAUACAUGAAAUAUGAGGAGGAAGAAGAAGCAUGGGAGCUGUUUAACAAAAUGCCUGAAAGGGAUUUAGUUUCAUGGAAUCUAAUGUUAGAUGGUUAUAUCAAACGUGGGCGAAUAGAAACAGCUCAAGCUUUAUUCAACGAGAUGCCACAAAGAGACGUCGUUAGCUGGGCGAGUAUGAUUGACGGUUAUGGUAAACUAGGCUGGACUAACAUAGCACGAUCCCUUUUCGAUAAAAUGCCAGAUAGAGACAUAGUUUCAUGCAACACAAUGAUGGCUGCAUACUUACAAAACGGAAAUUUCACAGAAGCACUAAAACUGUUCCACGACGUUCAAACUGAGACAAAUCUAUCUCCAGACGAAGCGACUCUCUCCAUCGCGCUCUCCUCAAUUGCACAAUUAGGUCUCAUCGACGAAGGUGUAGCAAUCCACAAUCAUAUCGUGGAAAAAAGAUUCUCUUUGGAUGGAAAUCUUGGUGUAGCCCUAAUAGACAUGUAUUCAAAAUGUGGCGAUAUAGUGAAAGGCAUUAAGAUAUUCGAAAACAUUAAACACAAAAGAAGAAGAAGAAGCAAUAAUGUUGAUCACUGGAACGCAAUGAUUAACGGUUUGGCAAUCCAUGGUUAUGGUAAAUCAGCUUUUGAAUUGUUUAUGGAGAUGAUGAGAAAACAGUCUAUUAUAAGGCCAGAUGACAUAACUUACAUUGGAGUGAUAAACGCUUGUGGACAUUCGGGUUUGAUAAAAGAAGGUUUAAUGUGUUUUGAGAUAAUGAGAAGAGUGCAUCGGUUAGAGCCGAAGCUUCAACACUACGGGUGUGUUAUUGAUGUUCUUGGAAGGGCAGGUCAUAUAGAAGAAGCUACAAAGUUGAUAAGGGAGAUGCCAAUUAAACCAAAUGAGGUUGUUUGGAGAACAUUGUUAAGUGCUUGCAAUAAUUACGAGAGUUUUAAGAUUGGGGAGCCGAUAGCAAAGCAUUUGAUUGAAUUGGAUUCGUCUAAAUCGAGUGGGUAUGUGAUUCUUUCCAAUAUAUAUGCUUGUUUUGGGUUGUGGGAUGAUGUUAGAAAGGUUAGGGAAAUGAUGAAACAGAAUGAUAUUAAGAAAUUGCCUGGUUCUAGUUGGAUUGAACUUGAUGGCCAAGUUCAUCAGUUCUUUGCUGGAGAUAAAUCAUCCUCUUAAGCAUCUAUACUUUCUUACUUAUUAAAUAUGUAUUCCUUAAGGGGGACUAGCUUAUACCAUUUUUUAGCAUAUUUUCCAAACUUUCAUAACUUAAUUAAAUCCAAAGAACAUCAUAUCUUGUUGCUUUAA